AUGGUUAUGCCGUUCGUCAUCUAUGCUGACUUUGAGUCGAUUAUUAAACCUUUGCACACCGUUCAACCGAAUCAUGAGAUUUGUUACACCGAGAAGAAGCAGAAACAUAUCCCGGGGAGUUUUUGUUACUUUGUUAAAUGCUCUUUCGAUGACAGACAUUCGAAACUGGUUGAAUACACAGCAAAGUCUGAGGAUGAGGAUGUUGCGCAGAUAUUUUUUGACAUGCUUCAAGAGGAGGCUAAGGCAAUAUACAAAAACCAUCCCGCAAAAGAGAUGUUCUUCACAGACCGCGAUGCUGUGAUCUUUGAAAACGCGACGUGCUGUUGGUUAUGCGAGGAGGAUUCCAAGAAGGAAGACAUGAAGGUUCGUAAUCAUUGUCAUUAUACCGGCAAAUUUCGAGGAGCUGCGCAUAACAGUUGCAACCUGAGAUUUCGACGUCUGAAAUUCACUCCUGUUGUUUUUCACAACUUGACAAACUAUGACGCGCAUCUCUUCAUUAAAAAUCUCGGCGUUUCAGAAGGUGAUAUUAAUUGCAUUCCCAACAACGAAGAAAAAUACAUCAGCUUCACUAAGAGCAUUGUGGUUGACAAGUUUUUCGACAAAAAGAAAGAAAAAGACGUUGAUGUCAAGAGAGAGUUGAGGUUCAUUGACAGCUUCAACUUCAUGGCUUCUGGUCUUGCCAAGCUUGUCAACAACCUCAUCAAAAAGGGUGACUGUUUUGUUAACACAGGAAGAUACUUCGAUGGAGAGAAGCUUGACCUGUUGAAGAGAAAGGGUGUCUAUCCUUAUGAAUGGUUGGAUUCUAUCGACAAGCUUGAUGAAACUAAGCUUCCAUCACGCAGCGCUUUCUUCUCUGUUCUCAGUGGUAGUGGUAUCUCUGAAGAAGAAUAUUGUCAUGCACAGGAAGUAUGGAAAACCUUCGGAAUGAAGACGAUGCGAGAUUAUCACAAUCUCUACAAUCGAAGUGAUGUUCUCCUUCUCUGCGACGUUUUUGAAAACUUUCGGAAGGUUUGCAAGGAGAACUACGACCUCGACCCCUGUUGGUACUACACGGCGCCUGGGUUGGCUUGGGAUGCAUGUCUCAAGAUGACUGAGGCAAAGCUUGAGUUGUUGAGCGAUGUAAAUAUGUUGCACAUGUUUGAGAAUGGUAUUCGUGGAGGUAUCUCAAUGAUUUCAACAAGACACUCGAAAGCCAACAACAAAUAUAUGGGAGAGAUGUUUGACAAGAGCGAACCUUCAAAUUUUAUCACGUAUCUUGACGCAAACAACCUUUAUGGUUGGGCGAUGAGCAAGAGUCUACCAACGCAUGGCUUUGAAUGGGUAGAUGAGAAAGACUUUGAAGAUUGGAAGAAUUUUCCCUGCAUUCUUGAGGUCGACUUGCUUCCUGUUAAGGAAGAGCUGCAUGAUUUCUUUAACGACUAUCCCCUCGCUGCUGAGAAUCUGUUGGUUGGGAAAGUAAAAAAGCUGGUCUGCACCUUGAAUGGUAAAAAGAAGUACAUCAUUCACCAUGAGGCUUUGAAGCUUUACAUGAGUCUUGGAAUUGAGAUUGGAAAGAUUCACCGCAUCAUCAGGUUUAAAGAGAGUCCUUGGAUGAAGAAGUACAUCGAUUUGAAUACAGAGUUGAGAGCUAAGGCUGACAACGAUUUCGAGAAGGACUUUUUCAAACUCAUGAACAACUCUGUAUAUGGCAAGACGAUGGAUAAUAUUCGGAAACGGGUUGAUGUGAGACUUGUCAACUCAGAAGAGAAGGCGAAGAAGUUGGUAAAUAAGGUCAACUUCAAACACUGCACCAUCUUCUCCGAGAAUCUCUGUGCAAUAGAGAUGAGGAAGACAGAGGUUUGCUUCAAUAAACCUCUCUAUCUCGGAAUGUGCAUCCUCGAUCUCAGCAAGACUCUGAUGUAUGACUUUCAUUACAACUACAUCAAAUCUAAGUAUGGAGACAGAGUACAGCUUCUCUUUACCGACACUGACAGUCUCUGUCAUGAGAUUCAGACUAAAGACUUUUACAAAGACAUAAUUGAUGAUGUGGAUUGUCUGUUUGACACGAGCAACAUUUCAAAAGAACAUUCUUCUGGGAUACCAACUGGGGUGAACAAGAAAGUUAUUGGAAAGUUCAAAGAUGAGGCGCGUGGAAAAAUCAUUGAGGAGUUUGUCGGUCUGAGGGCGAAGCUUUACAGCUACAAGAUGUUUGAUGGGGGAGAUGAGAAGAAGAAGUGUAAGGGAGUGAAGACGGGGGUGGUGGAGAGUACAAUCAGCUUUGAUGACUAUAAGAGAUGUCUGUUUGGUGGUGGAAAACAACAUCGAAAAAUGAACACGCUUCGGAGUCGAAAGCAUGAGAUGUUUAUGGAGGAGAUCAACAAAGUCGCUCUGUCCGCCGAUGAUGACAAGCGAAUCAUUCUCCCAGACAGAGUGAACACAUACGCAAUCGGACAUUUAUGA